AUCAUCAUCAUCCUCUCCAGUUGAACACAAGACAACAACAUUGCCUGCUCUCUUGCAUAUACAUAUGAUAACAUUUACUUUCACAUCAUCCUGCCUUAUUAUCAUCACAAUACCCAUCAAUAUCAUCCCCAGUGCUGUUCAACUUUACUCCUCUCUCAUCCUUCCUCACUCUGUGUAUUUCCUUGUGUGAAUAUCUGUUUAUUUAUUUCAUUUCAUCCCUUCAUCAUGUUUAUUUAUGUUUACAUUUUACCUCUUUUCUGCCUUUAUUUCACUUUUACUCGGUGUUACCCUGCAACUCAAUCUCAUGUGAAAUAAAUAAUAAUCACGCCAAUACUAAUGUGUUACAAUAAUGGCAGAAGCUUCAAGUUAAUGAUAAAAGUCAAUUACUCUUCAUCAUCAACUCAUUACUUUUACAAUAACAGCAACAAUAGCAACAACAACGACAACGACAACAGUAACAUUUUUACCUUCAAAACUCAACCCAAUACUCAACACUGAUAAAUACUCAAGCAAAAUCCUGGUUAACCUGGCAAAAGCCUAAACAUAAUACCUUUAAAAUAUAAAUUGUUAUUAUUUUAUAAUUGGUUAAUUUGUCUUGCAAUGUCUUUCAACAGUGUAAGCCAAUCAACAUGAAAACUCCAGCAAAAAGCAAAACAACAACAAAACCUGAACCAUGUUAACCCACUGAUUUGAUAUCUCUAUUUUAACAAUUUCGUGUUCCUCAAUAUCACCAAUCCAUUUCAUGUAAAAGCUCAGUUUAAUCAUAAUUAUCAUAUAAGGAUGCAAAUGUCAGCUGAUUUUCGUACCAUGGUAACCAAUUACAUGAGAUUUAUGGUUGACUCGGUCAAAAGAUUCAGUGGAUUUGAUUGGGGAGAGGUACCUGAUGCUGAUGGUACUCACAUAAUUACUAUCAAUCAAAGUGAUGAUCAACGGAAAUCUGGCUGUGAACAUCAACUACUAAUAACUACAAGUGAAGAAGAUCGAAAGUUAAGCCUUUCCUCAUCCUGUGAUUCCUUUGAACGAGGAAAUUCAAAAAGCUUAUCUCCAUCGCCUUCAAAUCCCCGCCGUCCUCAACAGCGACAAUCUAAACGUCUUCUGCCAACAUUAAACCACCAAUUGAGUGAUCCAUACACAUAUAAUCGACACCAAUCGUACCAAAACAAACAAAAACCUUCCCAUUCGCCCAACAGUCUUUACCCGCACUCACAAUCUCAUCACUCACAUUCACUAUCUACUUCUAAUAAACAUCACCAUCAUCCGCAUACCUCACCAUCUUCUUCCUCGUCUUCUCACCAUCAUUACCAUCGUCAUCAAUUAGAACCCAAUCCUGGUCAUCAUCAUUACCAUCAAAAACAGCAAUCACCAACCUUACCAAGAUAUCCAUAUAAACCAGAAAUGCCAUCAGUUCAGCGAAUCACAUCUUAUGAACCAACCCUUGACCUUGGAGCAAAUUAUGGUUCUUCACCAACAUCAUUAACUGCAAUAGGAUCAACAUCUUCAACAAAGGCCAUUGAUGAUCAUCAUUUUCCUGAUCGAUUGGGAUCAGGUCUUUUGGUUCGCUCAUCAUCAGAUCGAACCCCAACUCCUGGUUCAUCUUUCUCUGAAGAAUCAGACUCCCAUUAUCACCAUGAUGUUGACCUUUCAAUUAACCGUAAAUCCUCCUCACCCUCAUCCACAACAUCAACCAAAACUCAUCGACUCUCUGGAAUCCUCUCAGUGCCUACCUGGAAUGCUGAACCGCGAGAAUCAAUAAGUAACAAUGGAAGGCAGGAAUAUGAUGAUGAAAGCAAUAUUGAUCCGGUUACUUCGAAUAAUAAUGUUCAUCACAAAGUUAAUGAUAAGCAAGAAUCAAAUGACGAUUAUGGUAAAUCGAAUUACAAUUCACUUCAUCUCGAUGAGUUAUUAAAUGGUCGUCAAAAGACAAUACGUAAAUUAGGUUGGGAUCAUUUUUCAUCUGAAUGGCUUGAUUGGGAUGUAAGACCUUCAACUGUACCAACAAACAUGAUCAAUAGACGAGCUAUUGAUGCGGAGGACAAUGCCGAUGAGGCUUAUGGCAACAGCGAUGGUGAAAUGUAUGGAUCGGAUUGGGAUGAACAAGAAGAUCCAGCUGAUUAUGUUAAAGGAGGUUAUCAUCCAGUUAAAAUUGGAGAUGUUUUCGGUUCACGAUAUCAUAUAAUCAGGAAACUUGGUUGGGGACAUUUUUCAACAGUCUGGUUGUGUUGGGACCUUAUAUUGAAAAGAUUCGUGGCUCUAAAGGUGGUCAAGAGUGCUGCUCAUUACACUGAAACUGCUAUAGAUGAAAUUAAAUUAUUGAAAAAUGUUCGAGAAAGUGAUCAUGAUGAUCCGAAUCGAAGUAAAGUUGUUCAGUUGUUGGAUGAUUUUGAAAUCACUGGUGUUAACGGAACACAUAUUUGCAUGGUUUUCGAGGUUCUUGGAUCAAAUCUUCUCAAACUCAUCAUCCGUUCAAAUUAUGAAGGUAUUCCGAUUCAAAAUGUGAAAUCUAUUAUCAAACAGGUACUUCAAGGAUUGGACUAUCUUCAUACCAAAUGUCAAAUUAUUCACACUGACAUUAAACCAGAAAAUAUAUUACUCGAAGUUGAUGAAAAUUAUAUUCGUAGAUUAGCGAUUGAAGCAACACACUUAUCUAAACUAGGAAUGAAACUACCCGGUUCUUUGGUUUGCACAGCUCCACAAGAUUUAUUUGAUACAUCAGAUAGCACAUUAGUGACCAAUGAGACUAGCAAUAAGACAUCAGUGAAUAAAAACAAAACAAUCAUGAGAAGAGCUAUCUCUUGUCCUGAUAAUCAAAAAUCAGUGCCUGAUCCUGCUAAUGAAAUUUGUGAUAUAAGAGUGAAAAUUGCUGAUCUUGGAAAUGCUUGUUGGAUAGACCACCAUUUCACUGAAGAUAUUCAAACUCGUCAAUAUCGAUGCUUAGAAGUAAUUCUUGGUGCUGGUUAUUCAGCUCCAGCUGAUAUAUGGAGUACAGCAUGUAUGGCAUUUGAAUUGGCUACUGGGGAUUAUUUAUUUGAACCUCAUUCAGGACAAGACUACACCAGAGAUGAGGAUCAUUUAGCUCAUAUAAUUGAACUUUUAGGUGACAUACCACGGCACAUUGCUUUAAGUGGAACGUACUCUAAAGAUUAUUUCAACAGAAGAGGUCAACUUCGAAGUAUAAUAUCUUUCAAGCCAUGGGGUCUUUUUGAAGUUUUAACUCAGAAAUAUAAAUGGGAACCACAAAUCGCCCAAGAAUUUACUGAUUUCUUAAAACCUAUGCUCGAAUAUGAUCCAGAAAAACGUGCUAAAGCAUCAGAUUGUCUCGCUCAUCCGUUUUUAGCUGACUGUGAUACAGAUUUAUCUUAACGAAAAAGAAUUAAAAGAUUAACUAAAAGGGAAAAUUUUAUACUCAGCCUAAAGUUGUGUUUCAAAAAAGUUCGUUGUAAAUGUAAAUGAAUCAUGAUUAGGGUGGAAGAAAGAGAUUUGCUCUGAAGAAAAUAUUUGAAGAUGUGCGCAUUUUUAGCCUUGAGUGUUUUAACUUGUUCGAUAGACGAGUAUAAAUAGAGUGAGUUUUCCAAUUGUGGCCAUCAGUUCAAUCUUUGAGUUAAAUCUAGUGAUAUACUUUCAUUUCUCGUGAAAAUUUUACUUUGUUUCUUCAAAACUCACACACACACCAACACACCUCAUCAACAUGAAAUUCAUCAUUGUAAACUUUUUGCUAUGUGCAACUUUAAUUUCAAUGGUCAGCGCCUUUAAAAAAGUCAAAGUUGUUGAAGUCGAGAGUAGCAAGGUCCAUGGUUCAGCGAUGACAAAACAAAAGGCUGAAGCUGCUGGUUUAAUUGCUGGAACAGCUACUGGAUUAUUUAAAAAACGCAAAUCACCCAAAGUUAUCUACAAGCCUGUUAAACUUGAGGAGCCCAAAAUGAAAAUCAAAUAUAUAAGUGUUGUCAAACCAGUGUUGGUACGCGUUGAACCAGAAAAACCUCAAGAGACUUUAUAUAAAAGGAUUGUAACUAAAGAAGAAAAGAAGCCAACUGGACUCAAAUACCUUCCUGGUUUUAUUAAAGGAUUCUUCAAGGGAAAGGUUAUAGGAAAAGCAAUCUCUAAAACAUUGUAAUUUACUAAAUAUUUCAAAUAAAUUAUUAAAUAUA